UUGCAAUAAAUAUUGAAACGCAAACAAAAAUGUAUAAAAAACUUGAGAAAAAUUUAAAUUUAACCAAAACUGAAAGACAAAAAAACCUCAACAAUAAAAACGACAGCAAUAGCCUGGAGAAAACAAGCACAAUGAAAGCACAAAUAGAAUAUUGUUCAGCGAAAUGUCAUCAUCUUCAACAGCAACAAUAUUUACCAGAAUUUGUAAAUCAAUCAUUUCCAGAAAAGAAAAGAAUUAGUUGUAUUGUAAGAAAUCAGCGCAGUAGGACAUCAAAAAAUACAACAACGACGACAUGGUUAAGAAGUUUAAGUUUAUUUAAAAUGAAACAUAAACAGCGACAACAAAAACAUCAGUACAAUAACAAUAAUAGCAACCAAAGUUGGCUUUUGUUAACAACCAUAAUUGUGUUAUUAGCAAUUAUAGAAAAUUCUAUGUCACUAGCAAAAGCGGAUGACGAUUUCAAUAUAACCGCCACAACAAUACCAAUAACCACACUCCACUAUCACAAUCAUCAGCAACAGCUUCGUGAUGACAAUUCCAAUGACAGCAGUGCUGAUGACACUCAAACAUCAACAUUUGCACCAAUUAUGGCAAACAAUGAAUCUUUAUGGCUCAGCAAUACGACCAGCAGCACCACCACCGAAACCUCCAGCUCUACAUCGAGAGCACAAAAGAAAUUCAAAUCCAAAUACAAUACAGCAGAAGAUUCAAUAUUCUUACGUUUUGCUAAACGCUUUACCGCCGACAACAAUCUUUGGUCUGGCAUCAUACAAGACUGCUACAGACGACCAACGUUUUCCUGUUUCCAAAAGAAUGUCUACUACUAUUUGAACGAUGUUUUAGAUGCUGCGGAUGUCAAUGUUACACAGAGAUUGAAAUUCUAUAAAAAUUACAAUUCCUAUCAAUAUGAUGUCGAGGAAGCAGAGGAUGUGCCAGCACCCUCAACUCAAUCGUCGCUGGCUGUCGACUCGAUGGAGAAUAUGGCAGCCGAGGAUGAGAAUGAUGUGGAGGAGAAUGAAAUACCUUAUGCACGUAAUGGUCGUUCGUUUACAGACAAUCCAACAGUGGCCGAAACACCCAUCGAGGAAGUGACAAAUGCUCUAUAUGGUAAAAGUAUUAAAUUUGCAAUGACACACGACAUUGAAUUGAAGCUGCCCGAAAUGAUGUUCGAUGGUGCAACAUUCCGCAUAUCACCACAAUCGAUGGAGGGUAAUGGUGUUAUAGCCAAAUUGGAAUUGAUACCAAAACAACAGUCCGAGGCACGAUUAGCGGGGAAAAUUUUAAUGAAGAAAAUACAAAAAUUCCUGAAAAGUAAAUUACUGCUAUCAUUUUUGGCCUUGGUACUUAUUAUUAAAAUCAUCAAAAUUAAACUCUUUUGGCUGUUGCCGCUGGUGAUUGGUGUUGGUGCGGCUAAAAAAUUACUCUUGAAAUUUUUACUAUUUUUGUUUCCUGCUCUAUCGCAUCUUUUCAAAUUGUGCUCAUACUACCAGCAGACGUAUCAUUCAACCAAAUAUCAUCAUCACCAUCAUCAUAUUAAUCAUCAUCAUACGGUUGUUCCUGCUUGGCAUAGUGCGGAAAAUUCACACAUACCAGAAAUUAUUUACACCAACCCACCCAAGGGACAUGUGUCGGCGUAUUUGCAUGGAGCUCCCAUACACGAAAACUAUGGACCACCAUCACAUGAACACUUUGAAACGGGUUGGGCUAAUUCGGGGCCUGGUUUGGGGUCAGACUUUAUUAGCGAUAUAAAUCGUGUUGCACACAUAGAUGACAAAACAAAUUCAUUUAAACCGCACUCUAAUAAUGAUGCCAAUGAAUUGCAUGGCUGGGGUCUGGGUACCACCCCGCUUAGUAAUUUCGCACAGCACAAGAAACGACCGUCACAGCAACAGCAACAACAGCAAAAUAAUCCAAAUCAAAGAUUUUCAACAACAUUACAAAAACCACCCAUUAAUCAAGCACAACAACCACAAAAUUAUCAAAAACCUCAAGCCACUAGUCAUACAUUCAAUCCAUUCAUACAGUCUCCCCAGCCUCAACCAGGUGACAAACAAAGCUUUUUCAACAAUAAAUACCGUAAUAAUGUGGCAGCCGCACAAUCAGCUCCUAGUCCUGUCUACACGCCAGCCAGACAACCUUCACUGCCACCUUUGCAAAAUCACCUGAAGCCACACAUACAAGCGGCAUUGUCCCAGGCAGCCCAAAUUGCUGCACAAUAUGAUUCAACGCGAAAUCAACAGCAGCAGGCGGGAGGUGGACAAACUCUUCAGCCCCAACAGCAACUUACGCCGGAACUUUCUGCUCAAUUAAAGGAAGCCAUAAGAAUACAAACUGAACAGCGUCUGGUACAACAGCAGCAGCAAAUAUUAGAUAAACAACCAUUUGUACAGGAUGGUCAGCCUAUAAUGCCAUUGAAUUAUGAUCCAUUUUAUAGUCCAAUUUUAUUAAAAAUCGAUAAGAUUGUCGAACAACUGGGUGUCACCGAUGAUUUAUGCAAAGAACGUUUAGUGUGCAGCAUGUACAGGGAUCCACAGCGCUACAGUCCGCAUAGUAAUUUUGUUUCGGCAGAAUUGAGUCGAGAUACCAACGAACUACAGCCUAUAACGAAUACAAAUCAGACGGUAAUUAGAUUUUUCCGUCUCAUACAGGCAGCACGUGAUGGUCAAGAUCAAAAGGAUUGUUUGGCCUUGUAUCCAAAUUGCAGCAUAAAUACGGAAUAGAAGUAAAUAAACAAGGCAGAAUGUUGAAGAAUGUUGUCAGUCCCUGUGUGGUUUGUGUAGGUGCGAGCAAGUCCUUGUAAAGUCAUUAAUUUAGAAAUUUAUUUAUUUAUUUUCUUUUGUAUUUUUAUAAAAUAUUUACCAUAUUUAUUUUAUUUAUGAUUUAGUAUAAGAUUUUAAUUUUAUUUAUUUAUUUAUUGAUUGAUAGCAAAAAAACAAAAAAUAAAGAAAAAUAUUCAUAUCUGUAUAUAUAUUUAUUUGUGUAUGUAAUUGUAUUGUACUAAAUAUUUUACAAUUUUAAUUUUAUUUAUUUUACUUAGUAUUUAUUUAUGUUUCUAUUUAUUUAUUUAAAAAUCUAUUUCAUAUGCCUCAUUCUGGAAAUGAAUUCAAUGUAUUUUGUGUUAUGCAGCUUAUUAGAGGAAUGGGGCUUAUUAAUUAUAACUGUAUUCCUAUUCAUAUUCUAUUGAACUUUGUUAUACAACUAAAUGAACGAUAAAAGUAUGAUAAAUAUGCUAAAACGAAUUUUCUAUUUAUUUGAUAUUUUGCUAAUUUACCCCAAGAGUAUUAGUUGUUGGGCAGUUACUGUAUAAUUUUAAUAAUUUCAGACACAUGCCAGACUUUAUAUUCACUACUUUUUUUUGUUUGAUUACACUUCAACUGAAACCUGAUAAAUCUAUUUUCCACAUCUAUGUAUUUAAUCAGAAUUCUUUACAAAGUUUUCUAGAAUAUGUAUAAGCUUUAUUUUCUUUAAACAAAUUGUUAUUUUUUCGAAUAAAUUUAAGUCAUACCAUAAAACUAGCAAAUGCAUAAUUAUUUAUUAUCGUCUUUAUAUAAACUUUAAUUAUAUUUCAUUUUGUUAAAAUUGUUUUAGUUAAAUUUAUAAUAAACGUAAUAUAAACAUCAAAAUAAUAA